ACUCUCUCUCUCUACAUAUAUAUCUCUCCCGAGUGUUGAGUAUAUCUACGUAACGCAAUUACUGAUUAUUCUGUUUUGAUUCCGUUCCAUUCCCAAUACAAAUUACAGAUACCAUCAAUUUUCAAUUUUGAAAUUACAAUAUUCAUUCACUUAGAGAGAGAAUAGAGAAUGGCUGAAGAACAGGACGGUGGAAGAGUGAAAUCGAAGCCUCCAAGGCCCAAACCAAUAUGCUUCUCAUUCGCAGCAUACACUAACAACCUUCUACACACACUCAAAUCAUCCAACGUUGUAAUAGACAAAGGACUCUCCGACGCAGAAUUCUCAAACCUUCAAUCAAACUUCAAUUUCUCAUUCCCACCGGACCUACGCGCCAUCCUCCAACAGGGCCUUCCCAUCUCAACGGGCUUCCCAAACUGGCGUUCCUCUUCAUCGCAACAACUCCAAAUUCUCCUCAGCCUUCCAACCUCAUCAAUUCUCCGUCGGGUCUCCAAAACCCGCUUCUGGCACCCUUCGUGGGGCCCCGAACCGCGCGACCCGACCCACGCCCUGAGCCGCCUCUUGAACGAAGCGCCGCCGCUCGUUCCAAUUUACCGGCAUUGCUAUAUGCCUUCUUCCCCCAACGUCUCCGGUAACCCCGUUUUUUACAUCGAUCACGACGGCGAUGUCCGGUUGCUGAGCUUCGACGUGGCCGGAUUCUUCCGGGAGUUUUUGUGCCGGCAACCGGAGGAGCCGGUGUGGGCUGCGACGAGGGCGAGGAGGAUAAAGUUCUGGUCGGAGCUGGCGGAGGCGCGUGGGGGGAGGUGGUGGUGGCGCGUGAAGGGGGAAUUGGGAGGGUGCUUGGAAGGGGUGGUGUGGAGGUUGAAGGAGGGGGGGUGGAGGGAAGAGGAGAUACGCGAGAUGAUGAUGGUGACGGUGAUGGAUGACUAUGAUAAUGAUGAAGAGGAAGAAGAAGAGAAGAAACAAAAGUGUGAAGUGAAAGACAAAGAGUCUUUGGCGUGGCACGUGAGAGUGUUGUCGUCGAUUUUGCUGCGUGCGGGGUGGAGCAGGGAAGACGUGUUGUACUCGCUUGGAGUCGUUGCUGGCGAAGGAAAAUCGUGGUUGGAAUUCCAUCAGCCAAAACCCACCGUCAACAUCAACGCCCUCUAGAAAUACACUUAUUUUAUACACUGCAAAUACAAAUUGAAACAUAAAUUACAGAAUAAACACAGGAUAUUAUUUUUUGUAUGCAUAAUUUUAGAGGCAAUGUACAAUUGCUACUCA